GUCUCGCAGCUCAAGGCCAUGAGACAUACACGCCACCAUGGCUCAUCUCUUGCGCGGAAAGCAGGCUGGAAUCAACAACGACCUCUCCCAGGGCCUCAGCCCGGAUCUCUUUGUGCUGGAUCUCAUCCGCAACUACGGCAUAAACUCCAAGAUCACCCAGCUCGCAUACGACCCCGUCCAGUCACUCAUUGCCAUCGGAACGAGUGAGAGCAAAUAUGGCCCUGGCCAAAUCUACGUAUUUGGGCAGAAAAGAGUCGAAGUCGUGCUGCCCCUGCCCAACCGCACCGCCUCGGUCAAGAUCCUGCAAUUCUGCGCCGAAAAGCUCUUGUGCGUAGACUCGAAGAACGAUCUGUCCGUCUUCUCGCUCGAGACCAAGAAACUGGUGAAUGCGCAUUCGCCUCCUGCAAAGAUCACGGCGCUGCACAGCGACUCCGCCAUCGACUAUGCGCUUCUAGGAACGCAACAUGGCGAGGUCUAUGCAUAUGAUCUCGACAGGGAGACACUUACACCCUUCAAGAUACCCAAUUUUUGGAGGGAGCAGUUUCCGCGAUCUCGACUGACGUCCGUCAUUACGCUGUCGCUGCAUCCUCGAGACAUCGGCAAACUACUAAUCGGGUAUAACUCCGGCGCAGUCAUCUACUCAUUCAAGCAAAACAAGCCUGUUCACUUUUUCAACUACAAACUCCCCAAAGGAGCCCCAGGUGGCGACUCGGAUCCUAGCUCCGUCUUCAAGGAACGUGAACCGCCGCUCACGCAGGCCGUGUGGCAUCCGACAGGAACCUUUGUUCUGACGGGACACGAGGAUAGCAGUAUCGUCAUUUGGGACACCAAGGACGGGCGCAUUGUACAGGCAAGGACGCUCACAGAUACCAACGUGGACAAACCAGGCCCAGGAAGCUUUAGUCCUGGUGCGGUAGAGGGGGCUUUCGCGCUCAAGUCGCCGAUUUUCAAGAUCGCAUGGUGUGCGAAUCAGGAUCCUGACGACACCGCCAUCCUUAUUGCGGGAGGACAACCGUCGAAUAUUUCAGCGAAGAGUCUGACUUUGUUCGAGUUAGGCCGAACGCCUGUAUAUGCUACGGCGUCGUGGCAGAUACUCUCGGAACACUUUGAGAAUCCCAAAAGGCAACGGAUGUUGCCAUGUCCGCCUGGUACAGAAGUCGUGGAUUUGGUACUCAUUCCGAGAUCAUCCCAACAUUUUGCUGGCUGCCACGACCCUAUUGCAAUCAUCGCUUUGCUCGCUUCUGGGGAGCUCAUCACCUUGACCUUCCCAAGCGGCAUGCCAAUCACUCCUACGAACCAACUACAUCUCUCCAUGACGCUUGUCCAUCCGUACAUCAACUACGUAAAUAUGGCCCCGGUAGAGCGUACCCGAUGGCUAGGCAUGACGGAAAAGCGACAACACGGCCCUCUAUUGCUCGUUGGUGGCGCCGAAGCAGUACAUCCCCUGAAGCGAUUUGAGAACCGAAAUAUCGUCCAGACAGCUCAUGCAGACGGCACAAUACGAUUGUGGGAUGCGGGACAUGCUGACGAGAUUGAAAAUCAUGCCCUGCUCCAGGUCGAUGUUGCUCGUGCAGUCGGUCGGCCAGAGAACGUCCAUGUCACAAAGACUUCGUUCGCAGGUGCUGCCUCUGAACUGUCUGUGGGACUACAGACCGGUGAAGUAGUAGUGUUCAGAUGGAACACGAACAAGCACGCAGGACAGGAGUUUCCGCCCGGCAACAACAAACCUCAGGCGCUCACCAACAUUAUCGAAAGAAGCGAGGCGACUGUCAAAGAAGGCCUGUUGCCUUUCACAUUGCUUGACGAGGGCAACGGAGCUGUCACUGCCUUGAAGCAUUCAGAUGUAGGCUUUGUCGCUGCUGGCUUCGAAGGGGGGAGUCUGACCAUCAUCGACCUCCGAGGGCCAGCCAUUAUCUUCCAGGCGUCUGUUAAAGAUUUCAUCAAGUCCGACAAGCGCUCCAGCUUCAGGCGCAGCUCGGCUCAGGCAACCCCGAAGGCGGAGUGGCCCACCUGUAUUGAAUUUAGCGUUAUGACGCUUGAGGAUGAAGACUACUCAAGUAUUCUGGUGCAUGUUGGCACCAACCUUGGACACCUUGCAACGUUCAAGCUGCUACCAGAAGCAGAUGGACGAUACUCGGCAAAGUUUGCGGGUGUAUGCGCGCUGAACGAUAAGAUUCUAAAUAUAUGCCCUAUACAUGCUGAAACAGGCCGCCCAGCAUAUGCCUCGCAAUCCGUUGUCGGUGGUCUUAGGACAGGCUUGAAGGUCAACGGUGUGCUUUUGGCAGUCACUUCAUCUGAAGCGAGAUUGUUCCGUCCUGCCACGAACAAGGGCGCACACAAAACUUUUGAUCAGUUUCUGUGUGAUUCCGCGAUGGUGGUGAGAUAUGAGGAAAAGGGGUAUGCACUACUUGGUCUAUAUGGCGAUGGGUGCGCGAGAGCCUACUCGAUACCGGCCUUGAAGGAGAUUGUCUCUGUCAACGUCAGUGACUACUUGGACGUCCGACGCUUCUCAGAAGCGAUCAUCACCGCCACAGGAGACAUCUUUGGAUGGAAAGGCCCAGCAGAAUUGACUUUGAUCAACAUAUUCGGAACUGGAUUCCAAUACGAUCGAGCAAAAGAUGUCCUGUUUAACCCAGACUUGGUCAUCCCGCCACGGCCAACCAUCAGCAAUAUACAAUGGAUUUCCGGUACCCAAUAUGUCACACCAGCCGACAUGGAUCUGCUCAUUGGCGGACCCGACCGGCCACUCUCCAAUCGCCAAAUUGCCCAACAACGCGCAGAGGCUGAGCAAGAACGCCGCCGUGAGGCCUCGUCAUCUAUAUCACCUGCUGCGCAAUACCAAUCCUAUCCUACACAGGCAAACACGCCUAAUCAAGAAGGCUGGGGCGCAUGGGCUACACGGCAGCUGAACGAGCGUACUGAGAAGCUCAACAUUGUGGGUGACAGUAUGGACAAUCUUUCCCAUAACAGCGCUGGCUGGGCCAACGACGUCAACAAGUUUGUGGGCAAACAAAAAAGGGGCUUUGUCAUGGGUGCUGUCAAGAGCAAAUUUGGGCUUUAGGUCAAGAUUCGGAGUAUUGACUAUUCCUUUCACUAGCG